GGCGAGGAGUUCUACCUGGUGAAGUGGCGGGGGUACCCCGACAGCGCCAACACCUGGGAGCCCCGCAAGAACCUGCGCUGCCGGGGGCUGCUGAAGCAGCUGCACCAGGACCUGGCGCGCGCCCCGGGGGGCCCGGUGCGGCCCGGCCCGCGGGGGCUGCCCGCCCGCGCCUCGUCCUACCUGGUGCAGAAGGCGGAGCAGCGGCGGGCGCUGCGGCGCUGGGAGCGGCACCUGAACAACACCCGCAGCCACCGCGGCCGCAUCGCCGUGGAGAACGAGGUGGACUUGCACGGCCCCCCCCGGGACUUCGUCUACAUCAACGAGUACAAAGUGGGGGCCGGCAUCCAGCUGACGCCGGUGGCCGUGGGCUGCGAGUGCAGCGACUGCUUGGCGGAGUCGGCGGGCGGCUGCUGCCCCGGCGCCUCGCGCAACAAGUUCGCCUACAACGAGGCGGGGCAGGUGCGCAUCCGGGCCGGGCUGCCCAUCUACGAGUGCAACUCGCGCUGCCGCUGCGGCGCCGACUGCCCCAACCGCGUGGUGCAGAAGGGGAUCCGCUACGACCUCUGCAUCUUCCGCACCGGCAACGGGCGCGGCUGGGGCGUGCGCACGCUGGAGCGCAUCCGCAAGAACAGCUUCGUCAUGGAGUACGUGGGGGAGAUCAUCACCUCGGAGGAGGCGGAGCGCCGCGGGCAGGUGUACGACCGGCAGGGAGCCACCUACCUCUUCGACCUGGACUACGUGGAGGACGUCUACACCGUGGACGCCGCUCACUACGGCAACAUCUCCCACUUCGUCAACCACAGCUGCGACCCCAACCUGCAGGUGUACAACGUCUUCAUCGAGAACCUGGACGAGCGCCUGCCGCGCAUCGCCCUCUUCGCCACCCGCCCCAUCCGCGCCGGCGAGGAGCUCACCUUCGACUACAACAUGCACGUGGACCCAGUGGACGCGGAGAGCACCCGCAUGGACUCCAACUUCGGACUGGCUGGGGGGGGGCUGAGCGGCUCCCCCCGCUCCCGGGGCCGCAUCGAGUGCAAGUGUGGGGCCGCUGCCUGCCGCAAGUACCUCUUCUGACCCCAAAUUCACGCCAGGGCCUUGCAAACACACGUGUUGAACGCA